CAUGUUCUGAUUAGCUCACUGUAAGAGGUAGAAGCAACGUGCUGUCACUGACGUUCUUGUGCUCCUCUGAGGAUGAUAGCAGUGCACAUCAUAACCGCUGUCUUUACCUUAGGACUCAUCCUGAAAGAGACUCAGGCUUGGGGGUACAAGAAUGGGAUACUUCACAACUCCAUUUGGCUUGAACAAGCAGCUGGAGUUUACCACCGGGAAUCUCGCAAAGGAAGAUAUCAGCUGACAUAUAAGGAGGCCAAGGCCGUCUGCGCGUAUGAGGGGGGAACACUGGCCACUUACGAUCAGCUGGAGGCCGCCAGACAAAUAGGCUUUCAUGUGUGUGCAGCUGGAUGGUUUGAUAAAGGCCGUGUGGGAUAUCCCAUUGUCAAAGCUGGGGCCAACUGCGGCUUUGGCAAGGUUGGAAUCGUCAAUUAUGGUUAUCGGCUAAACAAAAGUGAGAGAUGGGACGUGUACUGCUACAACCCUAACUCAAAAGAGUGUGGUGGUGUGCAUACAGACCAGGAGAAGGUUUUACAGUCACCUGGUUAUCCGGAUGAGUACCCUGAUGAGCAGAUCUGCUACUGGCACAUCCGCCUGCGCUACCGCCAGAAGAUCCGAUUGCAUUUCCUCGACUUUGAUGUAGAAGAUGACACAGACUGCCUCAGUGAUUAUCUGGAAAUCUACGACAGCUAUGACGACAUCUCAGGUUUUGCUGGAAGGUACUGUGGGGAUGAACUGCCUGAAGAAUUUAUUAGUACAGGUAAUGUCAUGACACUGAAGUUCCGCUCUGAUUCCUCUGUGUCUGCUGGAGGUUUCCAGCUGCACUACAUUGCUGUAGAUUCAUCUGAGCUCUCCAACAACGAAACAAGCACUUGACCACUCCAGACACUGUAUCUUAAGAGUGUUCUUUUUUAAGUUAUGUGUUUGUGUUUUUGAAACUUACCCACCCUGUAAAGAAAUGUGUAGUGUGUCUCUUUUUUUUGUAUUUCAGUGUCAUACUUUUGUGCCAUUCCUUUGUGCCUUCUGUAAAAAAUAGGCUACAAUGACAGCGAGUGAUCAUAGUGAAAAAAUAACGAGAAGUUACAUUAAAUGCAAUGUACCUACU